CUUUUCUCCUUUUUCGUUUUUUGUCUUUACUGUAAACUUUUUUCAUCUGGCAGCACCGUAAAUGUCACGACGCGACAUUGCAGUAAUUCUUGAGCGACUCUCUCUCGAUCAUCGAACAUCGUUGGCAGAUAAAGCAUGUGCAUAUUUACAAGUAAUUGAGUCUAACAGCACUAUUAAAAAUCAUCCAAGUCAUGCUGCCGUAUGUGUUGAAAUUGCAGCAGAUCAGCUUUCAAUUGAAGUGUCGAGGCCUGCACUUGUCCGUUUCUCGGGAGCGACUUCACCGACGGAGUACAGCAGUGCUUUCCAAAUCCUUUCUCGGAUCCUGACAGGAAAGUCAGAGCAAAUAUCACGGUCGUCAAUCUCUGAUUCUUCUUCUUUGGGGCAGCAUAAUAUAGCAGCCGACACGAAUCAAUCUCACAUGAAGCUGCUUUUAGGUCAGACAUGCCAGGUAUAUCUUCGACAACUGUCUAUUCAACGAGGAUCGCUCGAAUUAGUCAAUGUAGUUUUAGAGUGCUUGGGGCAUUUUUUUGAGGUUUGGGUUAAAUCCUUAACGCCUGCACAACGUGUUCAUGUCAAGUAUUCUGAUCCCAAAUGGGUUGGGUCGGCCUUCUGGCUUUGCGCAAUGGCUCGCGAGAUGACUGCUGGCAAAGAUGAGGCACAAGCAUCAGAAGCAGGAACAGGAUCAGGGACAAGAAACUCAAAGUCGGCAAUUAAACGAAUUGGAGGACGCGGCGGUAAGGAACUCAAAGAUAAGAUUCUAGAAGUGUUGGAGCAUACAGUUAAGAAGAGCGAACUUGAAAGCACCAUCCGAUUGAUCGAACAAACGAUUCAUGAUUAUCUGAUGGGCUUGCGGAAGUCCAGGCAAAAAGAUAGAGCCUUAAGUGCAUCAUCAGUAGCAAACUCUACACUGGCGACAUCGAAAAAACAGAAAACAUCUAUUAAAAGUGAUAAUGAUGGUACUCUUGCCGAGGAUGUGGCCUCGAUGCAAGGGAAUGUUGAGUUGCGGAACCAAGAGGACUCAAGUUCUAAGGACAGUGGCUUCGAUGGGGAUCCAUUGCCUGAGAGGGCUUCAAAUUCAUCAGCACCAACAUCAGUGCCAGUACUAGCAGUAACCACAUCAAGAGGACGAAGAUGUACACAGGCGUUGGAUGUUUAUGCUGGUCUUGGGACAAAACGGCAAAUUUCAAAUGUGAGCCAGAUGUCUCUUAUGUCUGAUGAUGAGAAUGAGGAUUCAGAGUUGUCGUCUUUGUCCACUUCAAAGAUGCAGUCUUCAAUACCAGCGAAACCGCCUGCUAAGCGUAAAAAGGCAGAUAUUGAGAACGAUACACCCCUUUUGUCGUCAGGCAUCAUGGCUCCCACAAGAGGAAUGGUGCGAAAAGGGUUGAAGGAAACUACAAUAGCAUCUCAGGAUGCCAGUCGGACGCAAAAACAACGGCAAAGAGUAGGAGGAAUCUAUAGCAUGAUUCCACGGAUCAAGUAUGUGGAUUCGAAAGCAUUCACACAAUACCAAGAGUGGAGAACUCGAAUCCUUAAGCUGCUACAUAGUCAAGAGCGAUAAAAAAGUUUAAAAAUAAAU